AUGGCAACAUUAUCUAUACAAGCCCCAGAUGAUGUUGAGGUAGAAAUUCUUUUACGAUUACCCGUUAAAUCUAUUCUCCGAUUCAAGAGUGUUUGUAAAAGAUGGUAUUCUCUUACUGGAAAACCAUCCUUCAUCUCUCGUUAUAAUCAAUUAAUUAGAUCUCGAAAAAGUAAGCUACUUUGUUUUGGCAAAGAUCCAAUUACAAAACCUCUUGUUGAAAUAUCAUCAUCAUCAUCAUCAGAAUUAUUAUUACUUGAGGAGGAUUAUCUACAACUUCCUCCAUUUCUUGAUGAUAAUAGUUGGGUAUUUAGAGGUGUUAAUAUUGAUGAAUUUUUCCCCGGAGUUAAAGAAUCUGAUGCUGAUCUUCUUAUUAGUGAUAUGCAUAUAAUAGGCCAUGUUAAUGGAAUUUACUGUAUAUUCCAUAGACUAAUUCCCAUAUCUGGUGGUACACUAAUUUUAUGGAAUCCUGCUACUCGAUCCUACAAACAUAUACUUCCUCCUGUUUCCUUUCCGUUUCCCCUUUAUCUACAACAUGGGCUUCAGUAUAUGAUUGUGGCGACGAGGUGUGUAGACCAGAAGGUUUUCAUUUCGGAUUCGGAUACGAUCACACCAUCAAGGAUUAUAAGGUCGUUGUUAUUUGUCACUGGAUCUCGCAAUAUAAGUGGCCUUCCGAUGAAUUUUGGCAUCUUAGGUGAAGAUGUACGUUUGGCUUUCCCAUAUAUUGUUUCUGAUCCAGAAUUUUGCAACAACUUUAUCCAUGGAGCUUGUCAUUGGUCAGGUGUGAAAAGAGAUGAACAUAAGGGUGAGGAGUUUGCAUAUUGUGUACUAGUAUUUAGUAUGGUAGAUCACUCUUUUAAAGUAAUGGGUGGACCUCCAAUUUUGUACGAUAAUUCAAUACAACCAAAGAUGAGUGUUUGGGUGUUUAAGGAGACUAUUUGUUUUGUUGCAAGGUUUCUUGAGAAGAAAAAUAUUGAGGUUUGGAUAAUGAAAGAGUAUGGUGUUGAGGAUUCUUGGGACUUGCAUGUAUCAAUUGUAACACAAACUCUUGAUCCUGAGUUUGGUGUGGUUGGAAUUUCAGAUGAUGAAAGGAUUUUCUUAGGUGAUAAUAAUGGACGGUUGGUUUCAUAUGGGCUUCAUGAUAAUCAAGUGGAAGAGAAUAAUGGUGUCCAAGUUAAACCUCUUGAAUCUUAUAAUGGCACUUUAGGGGUGUUCAAUUAUGUUGAAAGUCUUUCACCUAUCAACCUAACCACUAACAGCAACCAGCCACUAUUGUAG